AUGUCUACCAACCCCAGUACCGCCAACAGCACACAGACGGACGUGCCAUGCACCCUCGAUACGUGCUCGCUGUCCGAGGGCAUCAUUACGUAUCAGCCCAACAUCGCUGGCAACGCAUUCUUUGCUGCGCUCUUCGGUGUCCUACUUCUCGUGCAGCUGGGCCUCGGCAUCCGACACAAGACCUGGAGCUAUCUGGUGGCCAUGGUCUUUGGGCUGAUUCUCGAGAUCGUCGGAUACGUCGGGCGUAUACAGCUACACGAUGACCCUUUCAACUUCAACUUUUUCAUAGAGUAUCUCGUUUGUCUCACAAUUGCACCGGCUUUCCUUACCGCCGCUAUCUAUAUCACAUUUGCACGCGUCGUCAACUCAUGCGACGAACGCCUCUCGUGGAUCCGACCAAACAAAAUUUCCAUCAUCUUCAUGGCGUGCGACUUUAUUUGUCUGGUCUUGCAGGCCGCUGGAGGCGCCAUCACUUCCACAUCAAGUGGGGAGUCUCGAGAGGCAGUGGCCAUGCGACAAAACGGCGUUAAUAUCAUGAUUGGCGGUCUGUCAUUUCAGGUCGUUUCGCUCUUCUUAUUCAUACUAUAUGCUGCCAUUUACGCGUGGAGAUGGCGUGUUGCAACUGCACUCCAUUACCGCCAUCGACUACCAUCUGCACAUAUGAGUUUCGGGUGGAGAAGUCUGGUCUUUGGCCUUGCUAUUGCCUCGGUCACAAUCUUCGUGAGAUGUGCUUUUCGCGUUGCUGAACUGAGCAGGGGUUUUCAUAGUCCCCUCGCUGGCAACGAAGUGGCAUUCAUGAUAUUGGAAAGCACCAUGGUCUUUAUUGCGUGUCUCUGUUUAACUUUCGGUCAUCCUGGUUUAUGCCUGGACAUAGCGUGGAAGCUUCCAAAGCAAGUAUCGCGAAAGAGUCGAGAUGCGGUUUUAGAUGUGGAAUUAGAAAAUGUGCACACCGGGCGAUAA